AUGGCCAAGGGCCAGCAACCACCUAAGCCCUAUGCUGGCAACUCUUCCUCUUCACAGAUGGAGGAUUCUUCUAGUCCUUAUUUUUUACAUAGUGUCGAUCUCCUUGGUCUCAUUCUUGUUACCGAUACUUUGUCUGGACCAAAUUACCACACCUGGCAUCGUGCCAUGACCAUGGCCCUCACAGCUAAAAACAAAUUUCAAUUUGUUGAUGGCUCUCUUCCUCAACCCAAUCCUGAUGAUCUUCUUUAUUGUAUUUGGGUUCGUUGCAAUAGUAUGGUCUGUUCUUGGAUUCUCAACGCUGUGUCUCGUGAAAUUGUUGAUAGUCUGAUAUAUAUUCCUACGGCUCAUGAUAUUUGGAAUGACCUCCGUGAUCGCUUCCAGCAAGGUAAUGCUCCUCGCAUCUUCCAAUUGAAGUCUCAGAUUGCUGCCCUUCAACAAGGUUCUCUUACUGUUACUGCCUAUUACACACGUCUUAAAACAUUUUGGGAUGAGCUCUGUGAAUUUCAGCCAGUCCCUGUUUGUCAAUGUGGUGGUCUCAGGACUUGGUAUCAGUACCAUGAGCAAGAUUCAUCCCUCCAGUUACUCAUGUGA